UUAUAUGAAGAUCUCCUUCAUCAUGUAAAGUAGUUUAUGAGAUUAUGUUACUGUAUAGAAACACUAAAGCGUAUGAAUAAUACUCUGGUCAUCAAAGCAUAAUCAAUAAUUGCAAAAAGUCACAUUUUAGAGGCAAGCCAUCAGUGUGAAAGGUUUGCACUUCCGGGUCAUGUAAAGGGAACAGCGCUACAAGCUACCCAUGAAUGGUUGCGGUCCGCCAUCAAAACAACUUGAAGAAGGAGAAGCUACUCAUGAAUUUUCUCCUCAAAAGUCAAAUCAGUUUUCCAAAAUUMACAUACACUAGUACCUAAAUGAUAACGAAGAUUAUUAGUAAUUACAGGUUUCAAGAAGAUCAGGUUGUCCAGUGAUGUCUGAAGAAGUGAUCGUCGUGGAGUGGGCAGAGCCUGGUGUGUCAGAGGAGGGAUGCCAAGUCCAAAUCAUUACAGACAACCCCUCUGCAGUYUUCUCUGACAGCCUCGUCCAGAAUAUAUUGGUGAACACUGUGGUACAAGGCCAAGAGGAGGAUCAUCAACUACUAGAUGACAACGGUAAUGACCUCUAUUGUGAGGAGUGUCAUACCUCCAACAAAGACCAGUGUGAUGUCCAAGGUGGUCUGUCCUUCAUGCUGGACUCACCCACUCCAAUGGGUAUACCUCAGAGGGCCCUCCUCACCCUACCCCAUGGGCUGGUGGUAGGCAGGUCCAGUAUCCCAGGGGCAGGCCUGGGGGUCCUAAACCAAGGGCCAACUGUGGCCCCAGGAAUGCACUUUGGCCCCUGUGAGGGGGAGGUGACUACCAGGGAAAGAGCAGUAGCAAGUGACUAUUCCUGGGAGGUCUGGAACAGUAAGAGUGAAUCUGAGUACAUCGAUGCUGCACGAGACACUCAUUCCAACUGGAUGAGGUAUGUUAACUGUGCUCGCAAUGAAGAGGAAGGUAAUCUCAUAGCACUCCAGUACAGGGGGAUUGUUUUCUUCCACUGCUGCCGCUCCAUCCUCCCAGGAGAUGAGUUCCUGUUUUGGCCUGGGGGCAGAUUCAUCGAAAGGUUUAGGGACCCCUCUGACCAAAUCUGGCUCCGAAAGUGCACCCCUUCAGAGUUUAGAACAGAUUUGUCGUCACAGGUUUUCCUCUGCUGUCAGUGCCAGCUUACUUUCACCACCAAGUCCUACCUUCAAAAACAUACAGAGAAAUCACACUCUCUGGACCUAUCACCUGCGUCUGCACUGAGUGAGCUUGACAAUCACCUUUCUAACGGCAAUGUGAAGCCAGACCCUAUGUCGUCGUCCUCUGUAGGGGAGUUGGCCUACCGGUGCCCUCAGUGUCCUAAGAGCUUUAAGCAGAAGGGCCACGUCCAGAGACACAUGCGAAAUGUCCACUCCAAGGUGAAACCGUACUGCUGCAUCCAUUGUAGGAGGUGUUUCGCUCAGCUGUCUUGUCUGGCCAGGCACCAGAUACGAGUUCAUGGCAAGAAGAAGAAGCAGGGAAUAGAAGAGUUUAUGUCUGAAGAGGUCAGAGGGAAGAGUCAGCCAUCCCCUAACAGGACCCAGGAAACUGAGUCCUCCACCUCCGAUGCUCCACCUACAGGGGCCUCUGUCUUAUUCCCAUGUCCUCACUGCCCAUUCUCUUCUACUGUGGAGAGCAGCCUUUGUCAGCACAUGAAGAGCCAUGACCAAAGGGAAAAGGUCAUCAAAAUGCAGGCUUUUGUAGAGGUCAGAGGGGAGAGCACCCAUAAACCCGAAUCCCCAGAACUCCCCUCUGAUGCUCUACAUACAGAGCCCCAGACAGAUGAGCCGGCACAAACAGGUGAGGAGGCCAACAGCUGCUCUCAGUGUGGGAAGAGCUUUAAACAGAAGGGCCACUUCCAAAGACACAUGCGAGCUGUCCACUCCAACGUCAGACCCUACUGCUGCCCCCAGUGCAGGAAGUGUUUCGCUCAGGGGUAUGACCUGGCGAGGCACCAGCUACGAGUUCACGGAACGAAGAAGAAGCGUCGAGUAGUAGAGGUCAGAGGGGAGAAUCUGCCCCGGCCGCCCUCUGACAGCGCCUGGGAACCGGAGCCCCCCUCCACCAAUGAUUCACCUACAGAGACCCAGACUGGAAGAGCUCCCUCUCAGAGACUAAGGAACCUCAGAGUAAAGUCCACCAGGACCUCUAAAGCCAAAACUAAGGCAAACGCACCAAAACAAAGACAAAUCAGUACCAAGAAGAGAUCCCAUUCAGAUGCUCUGGACAUGGAGAAGGAGAUGGAGGGAGAUGCUGUUGGAGAGGAGGCCCAGUACAGCUGCACUGAGUGUCAGGGAACCUACGACAACCCAGAGUCUCUCAGAUCCCAUCAGUGCAUCCAGGUUGUGGUGGGGCCGCCGCCGUACUCUUGCUCUACAUGUGGGGUUACCUUCAAACGGUACACCACCCUGAAGAAGCACAAGCUCAACAAGCACCCGAAGGAAAAUAUGCGUUAUUGCUGCACCCGCUGUGGAAGGUUCUUCAGUCAGGCUGCCGGUCUACAGCGCCACCUGGAGGCAGAAGUAUGUAAGGACAUCCAGCUGAGCUCUGAAGCGGUCCCCUGCUCCUACUGCCAAUUCUCCUUCACCGAGGAGAGGUACCUCCGGAAGCACGUUAAGAGACACCACCCUGAGGAGUAUGUCUCUCAGGCCUCAGGCCUGGGCUCAGGCCUCAUUCCGCCAGAGCCGAAGGCCGUAGAGGGAGGAGAGGUCCACCUCUGCUUUCAGUGUGGGAAGAGCUACAAGUAUGUUAAAUGCUUCAAAUCGCACAGGUGUUUCCAGUCAGUCACAGCCAAACGGUACUUGUGCAAUGACUGUGGGAAAGGUUUCUCUUGUUUCUACAGCCUUAAGCAGCAUCAGCGGAUUCACACGGGAGAGAAGCCAUACCGCUGUUCUUAUUGCGAGAAGUGUUUUAGCCACUCUGGACAGCUGAAUGUGCAUGUGAGGAUACACACAGGGGAGAAGCCUUUCCUGUGUACAGAGUGUGGAGAGACCUUCCGUCAGUCUGGGGAUCUGAAGCGCCAUGAGAGAAAACACACUGGGGUGAAACCAUGUACCUGUCCUGAAUGUGGGAAAAGCUUCAGUCGACCUCAGAGUCUGAAAGCUCACCAGCUGCUGCACAACGGAGAGAAACUGUACAAGUGUGAUCAGUGUGUCAAAAGGUUUUCACGAAAUUAUCACCUGACGAGACACCAUGAAAAGAUGCACUCAUAAUUUGGCUGCACCACACACACACUAUUUACUAUUGGGUUCAUUUGAAAACACUUGGUUAAGUUGAUAUUUCUGUAGCAGAGCAACAUUCACAGAUCAGAAUACCAUUCUAUUUA